UCUGCUGUUGCCAUGGAAAUCCCUGUUGCAGCAGCAUCGCUCUCUGUAGCGCCAGGAGAGCCGGAGGAGCAGCGCGAGCCCACCCUACCCGUUCAGCACCGUGGACAGCACCAUAGGACCAGACCGCCGUUUAACCACGGGAGAUUUUACAUGCUGAUAGUUAUCGGAGAAAUCUCAACGGACCACCACCUUCAGUCUGCCAAAAAACACAUAAAACAGGGGGUGCGGUCUUGGGACAUCGAUCUGACUCUGUGCGACCUGAACAGGGAGCUGCAGCUCUUCGAGACGCGACACUCCGCCCAGUUCUCCUCAGAGGUCAAAGGACAGAGGACCCUGCAGUACAAGAGUGAUGUCCUUGAGACAGUUGUGUUGGUGAACCCGUCAGAGGAAACUACUGCUUCAGAGAUCCGCUCUCUGGUCACUGACUCUGCUGGACACAAGCUACUAGUCCUAAGUGGCCAGAGCUCUGAGCAGGGAGGUGACAUCACACUGCAGGGUGGAGCCUUCACCUGGAGACACUUAUCUGACAUCAUCUCUGAUCCUGGAGUGACUGAGGUCCUGUCCAACUCAGCACCGGACCAGCGGCCCAGGCUAACAGUAUCGUGCCUGGGAGACGGGGGCUGGAGCUCACUGGGCCACAGCCAGGAGCAGCAGCACUUCCAGAACCUUCUGGAAUACCGCCUGAACCCUGAGCCUGCGCUUCCCGACAUGGAGGGAGUCGCGGAGUUCACAGAGUACGUCUCGGAGACGGUGGACGUCCCGUCGCCCUUUGACAACCUGGAGCCGCCCACAUCGGGCGGUUUCCUGAAGCUGUCCAAGCCCUGCUGCUACAUCUUCCCCGGAGGGAGGGGCGACUCUGCCCUGUUUGCCGUGAACGGAUUCAACAUCCUGGUGGAUGGAGGGUCCGAACGCAGAUCCUGUUUCUGGAAGCUGGUCAGGCACUUGGACAGAAUAGACUCAGUCCUGCUGACCCACAUUGGGGCGGACAACCUCCCAGGCAUCAACGGGCUGCUCCAGAGGAAGAUUGCUGAACAGGAGGAGGAGCAGUCCCAGGGAUCUGGUGGCUCCAACACCUACGGCGACUGGAUGAAGAACCUGAUCUCGCCCGAGCUCGGUGUGGUGUUCUUCAACGUCCCCGAGAAGCUACGAAUGCCUGAGUCCACGCUAAAGGUCAAACGGAGCAUUGAGGAGGCAUCCCUCACACUGCAGUAUCUCAACAAGCUUGGCAUCAAGUCAGAACCCCUUUACAGGGUCGUUAGCAACACCAUUGAGCCCAUCACGCUUUUCCACAAGCUGGGCGUUGGCAAGCUAGACAUGUACAUUCUGAACCCUGUGAAGGAGAGCAAGGAGAUGCAGUUCCUUAUGCAGAAGUGGGCUGGGAACAGUAAGGCCAAGACUGGGAUUGUGAUGUCCAAUGGCAAAGAAGGAGAAAUAUCAGUCCCUUACUUGACCUCAGUAACAGCUCUUAUCGUGUGGAUCCCGCAUAGUCCAACAGAGAAGAUAGUCAGGGUGCUGUUCCCUGGAAAUGCACCGCAGAACAAAAUAUUGGAGGGGCUUGAAAAGCUGAAGCACCUGGACUUCCUGCGCUACCCAGUGGCCACUCAGAAAGACAUAUCAUCUGGGGCCCCGCCUCCAGUCAUAAAACAAACAAAGAUGAGAUCAAGAACAGAAAGCAAGGAGAGCCUGAAAUCUUCCACCAAAACACAGUUGGCCUCAAAAGCCAGCAAGAAAGAAGCCAAAGGGCAGGAAGAGGAGUCCAAGAGUGACUCGGCUAAAGAGAACAAAAUUGAAAAGAAAGAGGAGAAGAAGGAGAAGAAGGUGAAGAGUGAGAGCGCCAAAGCUACCAAAGCCACCAAAGCCACCAAACAACAGCAAAACAGCGACGCAGCACCCGAAGCAGCCAAACUGGAGAAAAAGAAGCUGUCCAAGGAGAAAACACUGAGGAAACACUCCAAGGAACGACCAUCCAAGAUGGAGGAAAAAAAGGACAAAGAGAAGAAAGAGAUCAGUAAAGUAAAGAAAGAGGACAACAAACGUGAAGUAAAGAAAGAUGAUGCUACUAAAAAAGAGGAGAAAAAAGAAACAAAAGCAGUGAAGGAGGAGAAAAAGAAGGAUCUGAGUAAACCAGAGCUGAGGAAGAUCACCAAACCAGACCUGAAACCCUUUACACCAGAAGUCAGGAAAACCCUCCAUAAGGCCAACAAGACACAGGCCAAACCCAAGACGGACAAGACAGACAAGACUGACAAAAACAUAACAGCAAAACCGGUCAAAGAGAAAACAGCUGAGAAAAAGUCUGUCCCAAAGAAAGCCCCCCAAAACGCAGCUGCUGCUUUGGCAGGCGGGUCCGUUGUAUCCUCUCCAGAAGACCUCACCAAGGACUUUGAAGCUUUAAAACGAGACGAGCUCUCGAAGCUAGUGAGUGAACCCAUUCAGAAUGAUGUCAUGUCUGGACGUCCAGCUUUCACAGACUCCAAACUCCCUGAUGAGGGGAUAACAACUAAAUCCCCAGCCAAACUUGGAGAGAAGUUUGAGAAUGAGGGUGCCGACAUGGAUGAUGAUGAUGAUGAUGACGAUGAUGAGGAGGAGUACAACAAAGAGAGUGAUGUACUAAAGAAAGGUGCAGAUGUCGGGAAAUGGCAGGACGUUAAAAGAAACGCUGGAGUGGAUAGGAAAUAUGAGGAGGAAAUGGAGCAAUACGACGAAUACUCUACUAAGGGAGACAUGAAUUCAAAGAAGAGCGUCAGCUCAGAAGAGGAGGGUGACGUUAUCGAAAAAGCAGAUCUGGAGGGAACUGAGGAUGAUGAGGAUAAAUACAACACAGAAAAAGAUCAAAAAGAAUGGGACACCAAGUCAACCGACUUUAAAUCGUUUUCAACUGCAGUCGCCUCUGGACAAACCACUACCGCUGCCUCUGAGCAAGUGUCCUUCAUCCAAGAUGAGACUAUUCCCGGUUAUUCCGAAACGGAGCAGACCAUCUCCGAUGAAGAGAUCCAUGAAGAACCCGAGGACAGGAUCCCACACCUCCGCUACGACGUCGCUUCCUGCGACAUCUCCGUUCCCGACAUUCCGGGAUCCUUUGACUCUGUGCAUGGUGUUAGGGAGAUGAGAGCCUCGGCUACGUCCGACGCCUCAGACUUCAAAGGCAAAGGCUUCGUGGGAAGACAUGACCAAGUGUUGGCAGCCUAUCCGAGCAUCAUCGCAGCUCCGCUCGCCGAGGAAGAGCACAUCUCCUCAGCCACGUCCAUCACAGAGUAUGACAAACUGUCGUCGUUCGCCACCUCCAUGGCGGACGACCAGUCCAUCGCAUCGGUGACCGCCCCACAGACAGAGACAGAGACAGGGAGGAGCUCUCUUCGCCUGGACACGAUCAACAGCAUCCCCUCCCGCACUGAGGCCACCCAGGGGAAGGACUACCUCCACUCGGCUGGAACCAUCUCUCCCACCUCCUCUCUGGACGAAGACAAGAACUUCAAUUCUCCUCCUUCGAAGGAGUACCAGUCUUUUGUUCCCGAGAUGGAGGCUGGGAGAAAGACCAAACCCGUCCAUGAGGAGUAUGAUGAAGAGGAGGAUGAAGACGAGGACCAGACUCCCAACGUUGAUAUCCCCUUGGGGAAACUCCAAGAGGGCUACGAGCAGGCAGCGGCAGCCAUGUUACUCCAGGACAAGGAUAAAUCGCCCUCCACUGCCUUUGCGCCUCCUUCUCCUCCCUCUUUCUCCAGUGGGUUUAAGCCUAGCUCCAUGUUUGAGGGUGAAGAGAGAUGUCUUAGCCCAGACGACAGCACCGUGAAGCUGGCCUCACCCACCCAGUCGGUCCCCACCAGCAGUGGCUACUCCCCCACAGAGGAGAAGAAAGAAGAUAAAAUGGACAAAACUAAAACUGAGCUCCAGCAAAUGAGGCUCUCUGUUGACAAGACCCCCUUUGAAAAAUCAGAUGAGGAGGAGGAUGAAGAUGAUGACUAUUAUGAGAAAAGGGAUCUCAAACCCUGUGUUAAAGCUAAGUAUUUGGAACAGAAGGAGGGUAGGUUCUUGGACGAUGAAUCACCUCAGGAAGAGAAGCUGUCUGAGAGGGACAAAGGACUUGCAGAGGAUGACAUCAAGUCCAAGUAUCUGCAGAAGAAACCGGGGUCGACAGACGAGACACAGUUCUCUGGUUACAUGGAGCAAACAGCCAAACCCCAGGUCAUGCACUCAGACGAGCAAGACGAGGAGGAGGAAGAUGAGGAAGAUGAUGAUGUUGUUCACCCAAGUGGAACAGGGUCUAGAGCUUUAUCAGUAGAGCAAAGUAAGUUGUACUCUGAAGAUGACAAAAAGGAUGCAGCAAUAUCCAGCAAAAAGGACCAUGUAACUUUGAAAGAGCCAGAGAAAAGUGUCCAGUUUAAUCUGUAUGAUUUCCCGGAGCGAGAGAGUAAAGAGAAACGCUCAGAAGAAGAGAUAAGACAGGACACCCCGUACGUACACGGCAAGACUUUCUCUUACAGUGAUAUCUAUGACAACAAAACAAGCUCAGCAGACUCAUAUUCAAAUGGAUCCAGUUAUCAGAAACUGGACCAGUCAGAAAAGAUGGGGAAGGACAGUAUGAAGGAAAUGGACACACAGAAAAAGGACUCUGCUUUCCCCUCAGACAAGGAGGGGUUCACUAGCUCUCAUGGAAAAGAUGUAUCUUCCCCUUCCCCCUUUCCAUGGAUCCAUGGCUCUGAAUCCACAGAGAAGAUAAGUGAGCCAUGUGGAUACAGCAGAGAGAGCAGAUUCCCAUCCAUGGCUGAUAGACCAGAGGCUUCAACCACAUCCUUAUCAUCAGAGAGAGACUCCUUCUCUUAUAAAGGUCACAGUGAUUACACCUCUGUAACAGGUAGUGCUGCAGCCAAACCCUCUUCAAUGAGCUACCAUGACAAAGAGGUGGAACUGGAGAUAGACAUGAGGAAGUUAACAGCCAGGGACGAGGAAGACUACGAUGAUUAUGAUGAUGAAGAUGAUGAAGAAGAGGAUGAGGACGAUGACGAGGACGAUGCCAGUGACUCAGACAUGGAGAAAGGUGCCAAAGAGAAAUCGGAAAAGGUAGUCAAAUGUCCUUUCAUCCACGGUGUGAGCUCAAAACAGCCCCAGUUUAUGGUUUCCAUGGCUGGCUACGGUUACAACUGCCAGGCAAAGCCGCCUACGCCAGACGGUGUGAGCUCAAACGAGCCAGAGUUGAUAGUUUCCAUGGCUGGCAAUGGUUAUAACAGCCAGACAAAGCUGACUUCACUAGACGGUGUGAGCUCGAAAGAGCCAGAGUUGAUAGCUUCCAUGGCUGGCUAUGGUUACAACAGCCAGGCAAAGCUGACUUCACCAGACGGUGUGAGCUCGAAAGAGCCAGAGUUGAUGGUUUCCAUGGCCGGCUAUGGUUACAACAGUCAGGCAAAGCUGACUUCACCAGACGGCGUGAGCUCGAAAGAGCCAGAGUUGAUGGUUUCCAUGGCCGGCUAUGGUUACAACAGUCAGGCAAAGCUGACUUCACCAGACGGCGUGAGCUCGAAAGAGCCAGAGUUUAUGGUUUCCAUGGCCGGCUAUGGUUACAGCAGCCAGGCAAAGCUGACUUCACCAGACGGCGUGAGCUCAAAAGAGCCAGAUUUCACAGACUCCAAACUCCCUGAUGAGGGGAUAACAACUAAAUCCCCAGCCAAACUUGGAGAAAAGUUUGAGGACGAGGGUGCCGACAUGGAUGAUGAUGAUGAUGAUGACGAUGAUGACGAUGAUGAGGAGGAGUACAACAAAGAGAGGAAUGUACUAAAGAAAGGUGCAGAUGGUUACAACAGUCAGGCAAAGACAACUUCUCCAGACAGCAUGAGCUCGAAAGAGCCAGAGUUUAUGCUUUCCAUGGCGGGCUACGGUUACAACAGCCAGGCAAAGCCGACUACGCCAGCUUCUUCCACCACCAGCAAAGGUGACAUGGGCACCACAGCGUUGUCUGGGUACUCCUCUGGGUUUGAUAAUUCUUACGGUGGGGAGAAAGACUCAUUCCAGUCCAGCCAGAUGAAGGACAAAGAGGGAAAAGACGACUAUUUCCACAGCGAGAGAGCUGACGGUGGUAAGAAAGCAGGAGACACAGUAGGAGUCUCAUCAGGCUUCCACUACACCACCACCUCCGCCACGGCAUACUCCUCCUCCUCUUCCUACAGCUACUCCUCCUCUACGUCUGGUCCGUCACUCUCCACCAGCCGGCAGUUUGGCGAGGAGCUGGAGACCCCAGCCAACGCCUCCGACCACAUCUUCAAACAUGAUGCAGACAGCGCUGGCUUCGAGUACUCCUCCUUUAAAGAUGAACAUGCCUCCUUUAAAGAUGAACACGCCUCCUUUAAAGAUGAACAUGCCUCCUUUAAAGAUGAACAUACCUCCUUUAAAGACGAACACGCCUCAUUUAAAGACGAACACACCUCCUUUAAAGACAAACACUCCCUGGCCAUGGACUCCUCCCCCUUUCCCAGCUCCAGGAUGGUGAAGGACGAGUACCUUGAGGUUUCGGAGAAGCAGAUGAUGACGGCCACCACCGCCACCGCUGAAUCCACCUCCAGUCUGGCCCGCUUCUCUCCUCCCAGCCCCUUCGAUGAGAUCAAACCUUUCCACUCGCACUCCUCCUCGGAAGACAAAAAGGAGCAUGUUGCCUCGAUGGAAGGAAGCGUUGUGGACAAAAGCCCCCAGUCGGACUGCUUCUAUAAACCGGGAUGGGCAGAUGAGUCCAAGCUGCAGGCUGCAGGGGGUUAUGGGCCUUUCUCCCAGUCACCCAAGGAGAAGGAUGCCAUCACCACAGGUUUGUUUGGUGUCACCUCGUCCCCACGGCCCGACUCAACAGGCAAGCAUUACUUUGAAAACUCUGACAGUAGUGAGGAAGAGGACGAUGAGGAAGGUUACAUGCGUGAGAUGGGCCUGUCCUUCUCCGAAAAACACGGCAGCAGCACUACCACCUCCAGUAAGAUAGAUGGCGCUGGUCUCCCUGAUGUGCUCACCUCAUACAUGCCCUCCUCCCUGCUGCCCACCAAGCCAGACACAGUCAACGGUCCCACGGAGGUCAGCAGCAUGAGCUCCCCCAUCAGUGCAGGGGCAUCAGCCAGUGGUGUGAGCCCAGGUCUGGGUACAGCUGAGGACAAAAAGGUGAGGAGCUCAUAUGAGUGGGACAUGCAGAAGCCUCAGAUGGACAUGGUUCCCGGCGACUCCCCGCCUCAUUACCGCCACGAGGAAGAGUUUGAGGAGGAGUGCGAAAUGGAACCAGAGUGCCCUGCCCGCCCGCUCUCCCUCUCCUCCACUGAUCACACCUUCCGCUCCCCCUUCUACGCAGAGACGUCGAGCCGAGGAGGAGCAGGAGGACGAGAUGAUGAUGACGACAGCGACCCGGACCUCCCUCCUGACAUGUGCAUGGGCGCCUCCUCCUCCUACACCUCCUCCUCCAAAGCCUCCCCUGGCUACUCCUCCUCGGAGCACAGGCAGCGCAAAGGAGACCUCUCGCCCUCCUUCAUCAAUCCCAGUAUGCAACAGCAGUCCAGCGACGAGGAGGACGAGGAGCGGGGAUGCAGGAGCGACCAAUCGCAGGAAGGGGACCAGCACGACCUGUCAGUCAAGAAGAGGGCCAACAAACAGCCCCACCACCCCCACUCCCAGGGCGGCUUGAUCCCCCACCCCGGGGCGGCUGGGCUGGGGUUGGCCAGAGAAGAAACCCCCCCAACCUCCGUCAGCGAGUCUAUACCGUCGCAGUCAGAUUCAGACAUGCCCCCAGGGACAAAGGAGUGCCACAGCAACAUGGACUCGGACGAGGACACUGAGUACCUGCCUGUGGAUAAGUUCUCCUCCAUGGGAGGGGGCCACCAUCACUCCUCUUCCUCCUCCUCCUCCAGGAUGAGCCCCCGUGAUCCCCCUCCCGCCCCCCUUAUGGACCCCUUCCCCAACCCCCCUCACCCCGACGUCUGCAUGGUGGACCCGGACGCUCUGGCUAAUGACCAGAACCGGGCAACCUCCGAGUCGCCCCUCAAGAAGGACCCCAAGACGAAAGGCGUGCGGAAGACAGGGAAACCCAAGUCGGCGUCUCCAGCUCGCCGUAAGCGGUCCCCCAUGCCAGUGAAGCAGUUGCCGUCCCCUCGCAGCGCCUCGCUGAAGAAGAAGGAGACAGAGAAGAGCUUGAGGAUGUCCCAUCUGUCGGACGGACAGGGCUCCAGAGACGAUGACCUCUCCAGGUCCAGCUACAACGCCGGCAAGGUGGCCAACGGAGUUAAGAGCACCUCAGGCUCUCAGAGGUCCAGUUCCGUGGUUCCCCAAGGCCCUCCUAUAUACGUAGACUUGGCCUACAUCCCCAACCACUGCAGUGCUAAGAACGUGGACCAGGAGUUCUUCAAGCGCGUCCGCUCUGCAUACUACGUGGUGAGCGGGAACGAUGUGGGCAAUGAUGAGCCCAGCCGAGGGGUCCUGGACGCUCUACUGGAGGGCAAGGCCCAGUGGGGAUCCAACCUACAGGUGACGUUGAUUCCCACCCAUGACACAGAUGUGACUCGGGAGUGGUACCAGCAGACCCAUGAACGACAGCAGGAGCUAAACAUCAUGGUCCUGGCCUCCAGCAGCACCGUGGUCAUGCAGGAUGAGUCUUUCCCCGCCUGCAAGAUCGAAUUUUAAGCCCCAUCCCCCCUCUCUUCCCCUCUGUAAUGGGACAACACGAAGCUCCCCUGGUUUAGUCUCUGUCUGUUUAAAUAUUUUUUAUCUGCCUUUUCUAGGGAUUCAUUUCUUACGGUAAAUCAUAACAGUACAUCUCAAGUUACACCCUAUUGGUCUUAUAGCUAACAUGGAGCUCUGGUCUAAAGUAGUACACUGGACUGUACGAGGAGUAGGGUGUCAUUUUAGACACAGAGAUAUUCAACAACCACGCGUUUGAUUAUGGUUAUUGUCAUUGUUUGUAUUAUAAAGGUGCUCUUCAGACUAUAAUGCCCCUCUACUAUAAAUAUAAGGUUUAUUAAAGGAAACGAGUACAGUUGUGCAUACGGUAGAAAGCCAGGCAAAAUGUCCAGGCAAUGGUUUCUUCAAGUUAAGACAGAUUUUCUUCUAAUAGGGCAUAAUUCAAAGCACAAGUAUGCCCUAUUAUAAUGUUACAGAGUCAUCAACAACAAAAACAACAACAACAACAGACUUAAUAUUUGUUUUAAGAAGUUAUAACACCAAAACUCAUUUUGUACUUAUGUUUUGUAGAACUGAAUACACCAUGCUAAUGACAAUG